CGGCCCGAGGGCGGUGGCCGUGAAGGCGCGAUCGGCCUCGCCAGCAUGGGGGGCUCUGGGGCGCUCUGCGCGGGGUCGUCGGCGGCGGCCGGGGCCGCGCUUGCCAUGUGGCCGCCCCAGGCACCAGCCGCGACGGCGGCCCUGAAGGCGCUGUCACCUAUCCUGCCAGGUGCGGCCAGCGCCACGGCGAUGGUCACGGUGGGCUUCCCCUUCGACACAGUGAAGGUGAGGCUGCAGCUCGGCUCCCACGACUGCGCGAGGCGCUCCCCGUCCCUCCUCUUCCGGGAGUUCUGCGCAGAAGCCCCCGCGCUCAGAAGUCCUUCCCUUGAGCUCUCCCAGGAGUUCCCCCAAUGA